ACGGCUUGAAUAGCCGUUCGGACAAACCCGACGUAGUUCGGCUCACCAGGCUUAGAUACUUCCGAUAUGUACUAGGUAGGCUUAUCUAUGAGGGGUCACCCGAUAAGGAAAUCCAUCUAUUUCAACUUCAUUUCUUCCCUUGCUACCAAACCUCCAUUUUCACAACAAUAGCAAACCCCUCAAAUGUAAACCAAAAAUGUCAUCAUCACCCACACCCCUUGCUCCAGCGGCUUCCAAGGGCCUCACAAAAGAACAACUCGGCACCUUUAACAAAGAUGGCUAUUUAAUAAUUCCAGGCGCUCUCUCUCCGGAAACAGUUUCUUCCCUUCUCUCUGAAACGCAUUCUAUGUUGAACAAUUUCUCAUUGGAAGAUCAUCCUAUGACAAAAUUUAGUACUGGAGAGGGUGAUGAAGUCGAACAUGUAGGGGAUAGCUAUUUUUUGGAGAGUGGUGAUAAGAUACGGUUUUUCUUUGAAGAGGGUAUGUAUUCCAGAGUUUUAUUUCAACUCUCUCCUUUCCAUCUCUGCAUUUGCUCAAUGAUACAUUUCCAUUCUUCCUCACUAAUCCAAAAACUAGACGCCCUCUCCCCAAAAGGCGAACUCCUAAAGCCUAAACACCUCUCCAUAAACAAAAUCGGACACGCCCUACACACUCUCUCACCCCCCUUCGCCGCACUUCUCUCACCCCAAUCAACACAUUCGCCUUCCCUGAUUGCUAAAUCUCUCGGGUUCCAACGACCCCAAUGUCUCCAAUCAAUGAUAAUCUGCAAGAACCCUGAAAUCGGGGGUGCGGUCCCAGCACAUCAAGAUAGCACAUUUUUAUACACCGAUCCACCCAGCGCAGUAGGUUUCUGGUACGCGCUCGAAGAUGCCACCAAGGAAAAUGGAUGUUUGAGUUUUUGGCCUGGGAGUCAUAGGUGGGAGGGGGUGGGGAAGAGAUUUGUGAGGAAGAGUGGGGGAGGUGGAACGGAGUUUGUGGGGAAUGAAGGGGAGAGGUUUCCGAGGGGGUUGGAGACGGGGGAGAAAGCGGAACAGGAGGAGAAUUAUAUUUUGGGUGAAGUUAAGGCGGGGGAUUUGGUGCUUAUUCAUGGGAAUUUGUUGCAUAAGAGUGAGAGGAAUACGAGUCAGAAGGGCAGGAUUAUUUACACGUUUCAUGUUAUUGAGGGGGAGGCGGUUUAUGAUGAGAGGAAUUGGUUGCAGCCUCCUGAGGGGGGAUUUACUAGGUUGUAGAUCUUGGAAUGUAUAGAAUUAUUGUGAACCCUUGAUUUUGGUGAUUUUGAAUUUUUGAGGAAAAGUGGCGUUGUCUAGGUUGGUAGGAUAUAGUUUAAAUUG